CUUGAACUCAUAGAGAUCUGCCUGCCUCUACCGCCCAAAUUCUGGGUUUAAAAGCAUAAGCCACCAGCCUGGCUAAAUUUUGUAUUUACAUUGUAUCUCCAUCAUUCUCCCUCCCUUCAAAUUAGAAAAAAGUACAGACCCUUAGUUAGACAUGUGCUCAUCUUUAAAACAAUGCAAUGUCUGUCUAUCAGACUGCUAUGACCUCAAGUUCCAGAAUAUCAAGGCAACAUUCUUUUAAAGGCACACUUUCCUUUGAUUUGAACCCAGGUUUAUAACCAGUCUGCGCAUUGUCCAAGGGAAAGGAUAACCAGACAAGACAACAAGCUGUCCUUAUGAGCUGGCUCGGGCCUCACUUCUCCAGGCCCCCCGAGGACGUUUCCUUGCUCAGUACACAUGCUCCACUUUUCUCCCUCCUAUCGUCUGAAGAUGAGCAUUUAAUCUCCAACUUGAGGAGCCAAGUACCAGCUCGUACCGUGGUGAAGCAGCCUAUCCGCGGAGCCAGCAGCAGGACCACAGUCACGACCAUCAUCCAGACUGGUGGGGACUGGAGCACCGGCCUCUUCAGCGUCUGCAGAGACAGAAAAAUCUGUUUCUGUGGUCUCUUUUGUCCCAUGUGUCUUGAGUGUGACAUUGCCAGGCAUUAUGGAGAGUGCCUUUGUUGGCCACUGUUACCAGGGUCUUCCUUUGCACUGAGAAUUGGCACCAGAGAGAGACAUAAGAUACAGGGGACACUCUGUGAAGACUGGAUGGUGGUGCAUUGCUGCUGGCCUUUCUCCAUCUGUCAGGUGGCCCGAGAACUCAAGACGAGAACCUCCCAGCUCUACGAGGAUGCAAACUGUGGAACAAAUCUCUGAUGACUCCCGGUGCCAACACACAGGCAAGAGACGUUCCAAAGUAACCUGUUCAGAAUGCCACGCAUCAGAAACUAGGAGACAAGCCAACAGAAAGCUCCUUGACACUCUUCUGUCUGCAGAAUAAACUAAGACCAACAGCUGCAUUCCUGGGAUACUCUAAUUGUUUUGGAACAAAGCUAUGCAAAGUAUGGACGUCCUUGAGUGUCCAUUUUCUGGUACAAUUAUUUUUAUCUGUUUAUAUAUUUCAUGGAGCUAGAAUUUAUUU